CUAACACAGCCGUUGACUGCUUUACUCAAACAGAGAUCUGAACACAAAAAUAGUAAUAUCUGUCAGUUCUUCAUUGACUUUAAGGGAGUUGAAUGGAGAGCUCAACAAUUGCAAUACCAAAUGCCAACACAUGAUAUACAGAUGUUUAAGUUACAGACAAAUGAAGUGAAAUUUGUCCGAAACCAGCAAAGGAGGGCCCAAAUCAAACCACAGCUCUUCCUAAAUAAAUCUCUUAAUUACUGUUUCAAAUGUAAGCAAUGCAUUGAAAAUGGUUCGUAUGGCGUAAAAAUAUCAGUACCUAAAAGUGGUAAUCAAAAUAUUGGAUAUCAAACUACUGGUGAGGAUGAAGACAACAAUGUUCUCAAAGUCAAUACAACCGAUACCUCUCAGCCACCAUUAAAUGGGUCCACAGCUCUCUAUCACAUCCAAUGUUUCAUAUGUGAAGAAUGUCAAGAAGUGUUGGUUGAUUUGAAGGCUUUUCUCUAUACCAACAGUGAUCCUAAUGAUCGCCUCAAACUAACAAAUAGUUUAUAUUGUAGCCGACAUUUUGUUGAACUUUUUAAGCCUCGGUGUCAGUCUUGUGAUCACUUGAUUUUUGAUGAAGAAUGUACCGAAGCUGAGGGUAAGGCCUGGCAUUUGGGACAUUUUGCGUGCAAUGAAUGCAAGCGGUCUUUGGGCGGCCAACAGUAUAUUAUGGCCGACCCGUCCAAACAAAACGAUAAAAAAUCAAUUUACGGAACCAAAAGUCAAGUGUCAAACAAUAACAGACCUCCGAAACUGUUACCAUAUUGUCUGACCUGUUUUGAUAUACUAUUCGGAGAAUUAUGUGAAGAGUGCGGCGAAUUAAUUGGUUGUGAUGUCGGCGCCAUUUCACAUGAGGGCCGGUCGUGGCAUGCAAUCGACCAGUGCUUCAAAUGCAAUCUAUGCUCUAAAGCUCUUCUCGGGAAACCAUUUUUGCCGGCACUCGACGGUAGGAUAUACUGUUCAAUUAGCUGCUCUCAAGAGGCCGUACAACGACAAAGACAUCGACCGAGAAAACAAAAACAUAUUCAAACAACUCCUUCAAAUUGUAUCAAUACUCAGAGUAAUAGUAAUAAUAACUUAUUAAUUAAAUCAAAUAAUUGUUCAGAAGAUCUUAUAAGAUACCAAACAAAAUCAAAGACAUCUAUAACUCAGAUGAGACCAAAUGAAUCAACUCAUAAGAUAUCACAAGAAGCUAAUUGUAAACUACCAUUCAAUGAGAACUUAUAUAAUAAAUUAACUGUUAAAGAGAUACCAACUAAUAGUGAUUUUAAUAGUUGUCAACCAAGUGAUGAAUUAAAUGAAUUUAAUCUAAAAUUAGGUGAAAUUAAAUUAUCAGAAACCAAGAGUUAUGGAUCAGAAAAUUCACAACCAAAUGAUUUUGUCAUUUCCAUCGAUGACCAAAAAGUGAAUCAAAGUGUUAACCAAAGUGUCAACUUUGAUCAAAAUUUUAUGGCAGAUAAUAAUCAAAUGAAUCAACAACUGUUUGAAUACAUCCAAAGAUGUCAGAACAGCACCAAAACUCCAAACCAUUUUCUCAUGGAAUACAUGAAACAGCAGUUACUUCACAAUGACAUCAAUGGUCACAAUGGUAUCAUCGGUGCAACCAUUGAAUGCGGAAGCAGUUUGAGUGAAGACGAGCGCACAAACCAACACACAGUUGACCACAAAGUGAUGUACAAUACGAAUGUUAACUACAAUCCUAUGACUUCUAAGACAUCUUCUGAAUCUUCUAGUCUUAAUGUAACUCAUUUUGAUAUAAACAAUACUCAUAUUAAUGGUGAAAAUAUAAUAAAAUACAAUCCAUCGAUAACUCAUUCCUCAUCAUCUAAUGAAACGACACCACUAUUGCUAAGACCAUUGCCAGAGAAAAACAAAUCAAUAAUUCAAUUACAAAACAUUUCCAAACCAUCACUUAAUAAGAUAUCGAUGUUUAGUCAACAUUCACUGCCACACAGAGAGUCACCAUCACAGACAUCCCAAACUUCACAGACAUCCCAUACCACUCAAACAUCACAAGCGGACCAAUCGUCUAAUAGUUCAUUCAUUGAAAACAGCAAUCAAACUAAUACUUCAAAUACUCAUGAGGUUAUGGCAGACAUAAGAAACACUGUGGAUGUAAAUACACCAUCCACUCAGUCAACAGCUCUCCAAUCAACGUCAUCACAAACAACACCCGAGACAACCGCCCGAACGGGAAACAAAUCGGUGACAUUUGAUCCGUCGGUUAAAGAGACGACUGGAAAACGCAUCUCUCGGAAACCGAGAUCGCGAUCUACUCAUCGAAAAAGUGAAUGGACUGACAGCCACUCCUGUUCCACAUGUAGUACCUGUUCCUCGUCGUCGUCUUCAAGCGAUUACGACGACGACUUUGAUUAUCAAUCGACACUCGAAAGAAAUCGUAAUCAAUGGUUGGGCGGAACCAAAAUACAAUACGUGUCCAACGAUCGCAAGAAAAAUGUGACCAACAAUGUGGUGAACGGCGACCAAAACCCACACAACAGCGAAAGCUGUACUAUAGCUUAA